UCUGAAACCUCCAAAAACUGUAACAGAGAGGCAGGGAGACCAAACUUUUGUGUUUUUAAAGUGAAAAUAGGUCGGAUGUGCUGGGCAGUUCUGUACAUGCUGGUCCUGUUGACACUCUGCUGUCAGCCUUCUGUUGAGAAUGAUGUGGGGGUUGCAGCUUCCUGUCCGCAGGACCAGAGGGCAUUUCAGGGGUCCUGCUUUGAGCUUGUGGAUCAGCAGCUUCCUUUUCAGAAAGCUGAAGAUUGGUGUGAGGAGAGGGGAGGACACCUCGCUUACAUCCCACAUAAAGAAACUCAAAAUUUCCUCGAGAGACACCUGGACCCUCAAAAGGACAUUUGGCUUGGACUGGCACCGUCUGGAACCCCAAAACCGCAAUGUUCUGUGAAUGAGGAAGGUCCUCCUCUCUCUUGGUUGGACGGUUCACCUCUCACCUUCUCCAAGUGGCAGAGCAGCCCACAGCCAGAUGCAGCUUGUGGAUUCAUACUUAGACUCUCAGGCUUUCACUGGAAAGCCACAAAAGACUGCAACAAAAGCAUGCAUUUCAUCUGUCAGUUUGAACCUGGAAGAAGAAUCGCAUGUUUGGGUCACAACACCACUCUGCAGUGUGGGUCUGGUCAAGUGUUAAUGAUAGACGGGGCUGUCUUCGGUCGCGACAACAUUCAUUACUGCCGACCCGGGUUCUACACACCAACAUUCACACAGGACAGGUGCAGCCCGGUGAAUGUGGCGGCCUCCAUUAAAGCUCAUUGUGAAGAACAUCAAAUCUGCAGAAUCAGUGAAGUCAUGGGCUCAUUUGAUGACCUUUGCCCUGAGCAGAAGAGCUACCUGACUUUGGACUAUCACUGCAAGGAUGUAAUCACAUUGUCAGUGCCRAUUGUGGCUGCUGUUUAUGAUGACAUCACCAUUAAAAUCAAAUGGCAUGUCCAAGCAUCAUGGGAAAACUGUAAGUUGAAGACUGGAGACGGACACAUUUUUCAUCUGCGUGGUCUUUAUGGGUUGAGGAGCAGCGUCAAACAGAAAUACAGCCAUCCCGGUACAUUUGUUGUGUCGCUUGAAUGCACCGACAGUGAAAGAAACAUUACAGCCCAGGAGAUAAUUACCGUCGAAGAGCCUGUUGCAGAGAUUGGUGCCAUCAGAUGCUUUGCUGGAAAUGUGUCUUUUUAUGAAAUCGACUGCAGAGCCCUGCAUGGAGCAGCGUUUCACAUUCAAAUACAAGUAGAAACAGGAACAAAUGUCGCCUACAGAAUACAAAUCGAUGACAGACUACUAGCCGGCUUACAUGCUGUACGAGGGAAUAUUCCCCACAACGUCACUUUGAGCCCAGAAGCGGUGAAGCAGCUCAGCCCUGGCUGUCACAAGCUCACUCUCUACGCAACCAACUCGGUGACUUUUCCAGAAGUUUCUACAGACCUUCAGGUCUGUGUCUGGGAAGAGCUCGCCGGGCUUCGGGCCAGCCUGCUGAGAGAGACAGAUGAUUGUUCUGGCUCUGCAUGCUUUACUCUUGAAGUUUCACUUGACCGCGGAGAACCUGUCCUGCUCCUGAUCUCACUGACUGGAGAAAAUGGGACGUUUUCUGAAACUAGAGAAAUGAGUACAACAAAAGACAUUUUUCAGAUCAGUCACCCAAUUCAAGGAUCUGCCCCGGUGAAGAUUAAAGCGUGGAAUGCUUUUUCAUGUCUGGAGGUGGAAGUGCUUGGCUCCCGUGAUGAAAACUCAAUGAUGGAUCUGAACAGUCCUCAUGAUUUGUUGAUCUUUCACAAGAAAAUGAGGAAAAGGAAUGCACAAGUUGCAGAUAACACAGUGAAAAUCAUUGCAACUCCUUCGAAUUCAGUGAAUCAGACAACUGCAACAAUUACACUUUCUUCAAGUGAUCCUAGUUUGGCAGACCCAAAGGUCACUGUUUGGUGGACAUGCAGUAAAAACUGUAAAUGUAAACCAGAAUCCGAGGAUUCAACACAAAUAAUUCCAGGAAAUUGUCUGCCAGAUCCUUUAAACUUCUAUAAAUACACCUUGAMGWUUAAGGUGGCACAUAAUGAUGUGARAGAGAAAUCCAUUUGCAUCACCCUCACCCCAGCUUUAGACGAAUCRGAUCGAGUGAGGUACUGGAACCAAGAAAAAAAUCAAUAUUUAUUUGYUUUCUUAGAAUAG